AUGGGGGAGCAGCCUACUCUUUUUUAAAACGUUGCUCCCGACAGCGUGAUUCGAAUCACAAGUCAUUUCGAAUUUAUUGCUUCCAUUGAUACUGUGGUUAAUUUAAUUUCUGAAAAAUGGUUGUACUUUCUUCAUUUCCCCCACCUGCUGAAGGCAUAAAAUUAGUCCAGCCCAAUACUGGAGCAUUCAUCAAUACUAGAGACCUUGGUCAAGGCACAUUAUACAUUGCAGAAAGCCGAGUGUCGUGGGUUAGUGCUUCAUCUGGUCAAGGAUUUUCACUGGAAUAUCCCCAUAUAUCACUGCAUGCUGUUUCGAAAGAUCCUGCUGCAUUUCCACAAGAGUGCUUGUACUUGAUGUUAGAUUCCAGGCUAGAUGAACCCGACGAAAUCGUAGAAAAUGACGAUUCUGGUGAUGAAGAGUCAACAAGUGAAAUGUCUGAAGUAAGAUUCAUUCCUGAAGACAGAGGGACUCUUGAUGCCAUGUACCAUGCCAUGACAGUCUGCCAAACACUUCACCCAGAUCCUAAUGAUUCAGUUUCUGAUGAAGGAGAUUUUGAAGAUACUGAAGAAGGAGAAUACUGCCUUGAUGCAGGAGAGUCAGCUGACAAUGAUCAUGAUAAUGGUGAAACUGAAAACAUGGAAUCUGACAUGGGUCAGUUCGAAGAUGCCGAUCCUGAACAUUAACGAACAUAGAAUUUGCUUUUUUGCAUUUGUUGCUUAUUUCUUUUUUCCGUCAACACAACAAUAAAACUUCGAGGCCUACAAAA